AUGUGGCGUGACAUCAGUUUCGAUAAGGACACAUGGACAGACGUGUCUGGAACCGAAAGGGUUGGCAUGUUCGAGUAUCUUUCGACAUGGUUUGGUUUUGGAAAGACUACAAAUGAUCCCAUGGCUUCAGCUUAUUGGGCGUCAUUGAACAAUCGGAUAUGUGCACGAUAUAGAGGCCGCAAAAAUGUUACAAAAACUCGUUUGACUGGUUUUAAGGGUGAUGUGGAGGUAGCAAGGGCUCAAGCCUCUGCCGGUGUUGGGUGCUCAAAGGGAGCAUGUGAGAGGCGUUUGAGCCUAAACCUUCUUCAACAACGGGAUGUUGAUGUGAAUGUUUUUCUUCAAAACACGGUGUUUGUGACGGCCAUUGGAGACAUUAUCCGCUAG